CCGCGUAUGCGUUGGUAUGCGUGGAAAAAAGCGGUUCGUCUAGCAAUACUGCCUUUUACUCUAUCCAGUUCUCUUCGAGCACGUUAAUUGACUGUUUCGGCUGAAUUUGAGGCGAACUCUUCUUUGUUACAAAUUAUUGUAUUGUCGGUCUUGUUCUGCACAAUGAGUGAUGAUGAUCGUGAUAUUGACAUCGAAAGCGAUGAUAGCUAUGAUUCAGAUUCGACUUUGAGUCAUUUUAAUAGCACGCAAUACCAUUCUCAGGCGGAGAAAAGGGCACAUCACAAUGCUUUGGAAAGAAAACGAAGAGAUCACAUCAAAGACAAGUUUAUAAAGCUCAGGGACACCAUACCAAAACUGGCAGCAGAAAAAGUUGCAAGUAGAGCUCAUAUCCUAAGGGAAUCAAUAAAGUUUAUUCGAAAACUACGGCAGAGUAACCUAACCCGACGGCAGUAUAAUGAGGAUCUUAAGAGACAAAACAUUUUUCUUGAAAAUCAAGUUUAUGUAUUAGAAAAACUCAUCAGUGAUCAUUAUGCCAAACUGAAACGCGAAGGAAAACCUAUUCCGGCUUUGAACGACUACGAUGAUGAUUCAGAAUUUUCUGAUAGCGAAGUAGAAUGUUAUAAUUUAUCUUACAAUUAGACAUGUAAUCUAACAAUUAGACACGUAAUCUAAAAUUUUUUUUCACAAUGUUUUAUUACUUUAAUAAUAAUUAAUAAAUUUUGGAUUACAAGUGUAUGAUAUUUAUGACAGAUCAAUAUUGUCAGAAAUUUUUGCGUAUAAAAUUUUUUUUCUUAAAAAAUUUUGUAUUAAAUGUACCUUGAAUCCAUCUUUUUCUAUCCAAAAUAAUUAUUUUAAUAGUUAUCAGUGCUUAAUUUUCAAGAGGGAUAUUUUGUAUUUUGAGACUCUUAUACGACAAUAUUGAUCUGUCAUAAAUACAGCAGUACAUCCCAUACAGCACAAAAUAUCCUACAUAUCCUUAGGACACCGAAAUCCUCGAUGUCCUGAGGAUAUCCUGAGGAUGUUUUGUGCUGUAUGGGAUGUACUGCUGUAUUUAUGACAGAUCAAUAUUGUCGUAUAAUGAGAGUCUCAAAAGACAAAAUAUCUCUCUUGAAAAUCAAGCACUGUGAUAAUUAUUAAAAUAAUUAUUUUGGAUAGAAAAGGAUGGAUUCAAGGUACAUUUAAUAGAAAAUUUUUUAAGAGAAAAAUAAAUUUUAUGCGCAAAAAUUUCUGACAAUAUUGAUCUGUCAUAAAUAUCAUACACUUGUAAUCCAAAAUUGGGUGUGCUUA